GCUUGAAACCCACACCUUUUGAACACCACAAUCCGUCAUAAUUAAGUCACUAUCUCAGAAAUCUGGCUACAACCAUGGCUCUUUUUGCACUUUCCAUGGUGGUUCUCUCGGCCAUGGCUGGCUAUUCAAGUGCAGAUUAUUGUGUAUGCAACUCUGGAUUAAGUGAUGCAGUUCUUCAAAAAAACAUAGAUUAUGCUUGUGGAAAUGGUGCAGAUUGUACUCAAAUCCUUCAAAAUGGUGCUUGUUACAACCCUAAUACAGUCAAAGAUCACUGCAAUUAUGCUGUCAAUAGCUAUUAUCAAAGGAAAAGCCAAGGUCCAGGGACAUGUGUGUUCUCAAACACAGCCAGCACUACCCCAACAGCCCCACCUGGUGCAACUUCUGCUUGUUAUGCUGGGAAUCCAAGCUCUUCAACCCCAACAACCUCAUCACCACCUGGGACUGGGACCGGAACCCCUGGGACUGGGACUGGGACCGGGACCGGAACCCCUGGGACUGGGACUGGAACCGGAACCGGAACUAGAACCCCUGGGACCGGGACUGGAACUGGAACUGGAACUGGAACCGGAACUGGCAUGGGCACAGGGACAGGGAUGAACCCAUCAUUUGGACUUGGGCCGUCAGGAACAAGUGGUAGCACCGAUACCAGUGAUGGUGCGUCUGCCAACUCAUUGAUCGCUUUACUGACUCUUAUGGUUCCAGGGUUGAUCUUGUGGUUAAGGUUGAUAUAAUGGGUUUGUCUUGUUAUGAUGUGUGGUGGGGAUGGAUCCUGUUGUAAUUUACACGGUGGGUGGUCGGGUGGGGUGGGUAGUAGGGAAUCGAUGGAUCGAUGAAUAUGGGCAAUUUUUUUGCUGUCUACUUUUUGUAUUGUGGGGAAUUUAUGCCUUUUGAAAUGAGGUUGUCAGCUGUGAAUGGGUGUUUUGUGGGGGUACUAGUAAUCUUUUCUUGAUUCCUUUUAGAUUUUUCACCUUUUGUGUAUCUGAAAGGUUCUUUUCUUUUCUUUCUUUGAAAGUAGCUUCUAUAACUACUAAUUAGUAUUCUAUGGGGUUGAUGCAUGAUGGUACAAGUUUUAAUGCAAAGGGGACAACUUUUGAUAGUCCAUAUUGUUGUCCUCAAAGUGUAUGUAUAGCCAUGUGGCACAUGUGGUUUGUUGGUUU